GGGUCCCUGUUGUCCUCACCCAGCUCAAAACUCCAAGGUUCAACUAGAGUUAGUGUUCUGUCCUAAGCUGAGGCAGUUCUUUUUGACCAGGUCAGAAGUUUAAAGUCUGAACACCAACAGUGAAGAUGGGAGAUUGGGGAUUUCUUUCAACCUUGCUGGAGAAGGUCCAGUCCCACUCCACUGUGAUCGGGAAGAUCUGGAUGAGUGUCCUGUUCCUCUUCAGGAUCAUGGUUUUGGGAGCAGGUGCUGAAAGUGUCUGGGGUGACGAACAGUCCGGUUUCGUCUGCAACACCCUCCAACCCGGUUGCGAGAACGUCUGCUACGACUGGACCUUCCCAAUCUCGCACAUUCGUUUCUGGGUCCUCCAGAUCAUCUUCGUCUCCACUCCAACACUGCUGUACCUGGGCCACGCCAUGCACAUCAUCCAGAAGGAGAAAAAGCUCCGGCUGAAGAUCUCAACGCCUGGCGGGCCUCAACCAAACAAGUCUCCCAAGUAUACAGAUGAGACUGGCCAUGUGACAAUCAAAGGGAACUUGCUGGGAAGCUACCUGACCCAACUCAUUGUGAAGAUCAUCAUUGAAGCCGCCUUCAUCGUCGGACAGUACUACCUGUACGGCUUUAUCAUGGUGCCCAUGUUCCCCUGCUCCAAGAAGCCCUGCCCCUUCACCGUGGAGUGCUACAUGUCCAGACCAACAGAGAAAACCAUCUUCAUCAUCUUCAUGCUGGUGGUGGCCUGCGUCUCCCUGCUCCUCAAUGUCAUCGAGACGUUCUACCUGAUCGGCACCAGAGUCAGAUGUGGGUCCAAGCGUAAGGCUCACAGAGUCACCUCAGCAGAAAACCCAGCCAGCCUAUCCGGUCCAAAAUGGCCAAACACGGACGAGGCUCUCAGGCAGAACAAACUGAACAUGGAGAUGGAGAGCAACCACAGCGUUGGAGGAAGUCUGGAUGGAGCCAAAGAGGAGAAACGGCUACUGAGCGGUCACUGAAGACCUGAAAUAUUGUUUUUAUUGCACCAGAUUAUGUUAUAAAAUCCUCCAUCGUUGAAUAAAGAGGUGUAUUUUUACCUUUGUUAUUUAGAAACUAAGAGAAAAUCUCCUUUCGAAAAAUGUGCAAUACUGCUGUAUUUAUGUUCUCAAGUCUCAAGUCAGUGUGUUUGUUAAGCAUUUCAGAUCUUCAUUAACCUGAAGGAAUCUGCUGAUUUAACAAUCGCGAUGACAUUUUCUGCUGAAGAUACAGAAACUUUUUGUAUGCUUUGUUUGUUUUAAUAAAUGAUUCACAUUGAAUAAAAA